AUGGCCCACCAAAUAACAACCACGAAACCAUCACUUGUCGAUGUUCUCAACAAUGAGACAUCAUAUCCAUAUUCUUUCGAUGAUUUUGCUACAUUUUUAGAUCAGACUUAUUGUGUCGAAAACUUAGAAUUCUGGUUGGCCGUUCGUUCAUACAAAUAUUCCAGUUACAAUUUUUAUAAUUCAAGCUCUACUUCUCCUGACCUCUUAACACCAAACUCUUCAACAUUAUCACUUCUAUCUUCCGAUGUCUUAUAUGAUGAUGCUCCUCUACGUGGUGAUGCUCCUGCUCAUUCUGAUUUCCUUAAACAAAAACUUUUUGAAAUCAUUACCACUUUUAUCUUACCAAACUCUCCAAAAGAGAUUAAUAUUGAAUCUUCUGUUCGUGAAGAUUUAUUAACAAAUGUAUUUUCUUAUAAUAAUUAUGAUCCAUCAAUAUUGGAUGUUGCUAGCAAUCAAGUAUUUGAAUUAAUGCAUGGAUCAUGCUUUGCUCAAUUCUUGGUUGAAGCUGGAAAUGUUGAAUUGAGAUCAAGUGAAAGUGAAAGUUGUCAGGAAGAUUAUUCGGAACCAUCAAGUCCAG